CGGCCAAGCUCGUCAAUUCAAAAAAUUCAAAAAGAAAAAAAAAAUCCGCCCUUUCGCAUCCAUGGCCAAGAACCCCAAGGCGGCCAAGAACCGCCGCCCCACGACGCGGCGACCUCGCGCCGCCGCCGCCACCGCCACCGCCACCGCCUCCGCCUCCGCGGACAUCGAGGACCUGGCGUCGCCGUCCGGGUGCAGGGCGGUAGCGGGGCCCACCACGGCCGCCGCGGCGGUGCGCGCGGAGCUGCUGCGGUGGUACGACGCAAACCGGCGCGACCUGCCAUGGCGGCGCGCCGCGGAGCCGCCGGCGGGGAGCGGGAGCGGGCGCGGCGAGGAGCAGAGGGCGUACGCGGUGUGGGUGUCGGAGGUGAUGCUGCAGCAGACGCGGGUACCCGUGGUGGUCGACUACUACUCCCGGUGGAUGGCCCGCUGGCCCACCGUGGACAGCCUCGCCGCCGCCACGCAGGAGGAGGUGAACGAGAUGUGGGCGGGGCUCGGGUAUUACCGGAGGGCUCGAUUUCUGCUCGAGGGAGCAAAACAAAUUGUUGAAAAAGGCGAGUUCCCUUGCACAGCAUCAACACUCCGUGAAGUUCGUGGCAUUGGGGAUUACACAGCAGGAGCCAUUGCUUCCAUAGCCUUCAAUGAGGUUGUCCCUGUUGUGGACGGAAAUGUUGUUCGAGUUAUUAGCAGGUUUUAUGCUAUUCCUGAUAACCCAAAGGAGUCCUCAACGGUGAAGAGAUUCUGGCAGCUCACUGGUGAACUGGUUGACCCUUCAAGGCCAGGAGACUUCAACCAAGCAAUGAUGGAACUAGGAGCAACACUCUGCAGCAAGACGAAGCCUGGUUGCUCUCAGUGCCCUGUCUCUAGCCACUGCCAAGCGCUCGCACUUUCCAGCCAAAAUGCUUCAGUCAAAGUUACAGACUUCCCACGAGUAGUCCCAAAAGCCAAACCACGGUCUGAUUUUGCUGCUGUCUGUGUUGUUCAAAUUUCACAAGGCUUUGGUGAAGGUAUAGCAGAGGCAGAGGGCAAAGAUAAUCUUUUUCUACUGAUCAAGAGGCCAGAAGAGGGCCUUCUCGCUGGGCUCUGGGAGUUCCCAUCUGUUCUUGUGAACGAAGGGAAGACUGAUACGCUGAAUAGGAGAAAAGAGAUGGACAAAUAUUUGAAGCAGCUUCUUAGCAUAGAUGUUACAAGGAGAUCCAGUGUGAUCCUCAGGGAAGAUGUUGGCCAACAUGUUCACAUUUUCUCACACAUUCGGCUGACGAUGUUUGUUGAGCUGAUGAUUUUGAACCUCAAAGAUGAUGGGGAGGAAUUAUGCAAGGAGGGACAAGAUAGCACCAAACUGAGAUUGAUUAACGAAAAUGCAGUCCAGUCGAUGGGAUUGACAUCAGGAAUCCGGAAGGUGUACAACAUGGUCAAGGUCUUCAAGGAGAAAAGGCUGAAAGAGCAGAGCCAAGUGCCGACGAGGAAAAGGAGUAGACGGCUGAAAUAACAGUUUUUCAAGAGAUUAUAGUGCAAAUGCUAGUAAUAUAACUGAGAAGCAACUAGUUAACCACUGAAUGCUGAUAUUAUCUUGUAGUAGUAUGUAAUUGUGCUGCUCACUCAAUUUGGCAGCAUACUGCUGUAUUUUGGCAAAGCUGACCAGAAGUUGGCAGUGUUAUCUAAACACCUACUAGCAGUCGCUGCUGAAAAACUCAACCCAUUUUGGUUGAUCAGGCUAAGUUCUGAAUAUUCCUAGUCUAAUUUAUUGCUCAGCCAUUUUGCACAUUAA